GCUGGUGGCAGCAGCGCGCCGCCGUGCUCUGCGGCCGGUCAAAGCCGUGACACAUGAAUCCACGGUAUAAAGAAAAAAUCUGUCGCCUCACACACAGAGAACAAGCUAGCGGACGAUAACCCCGCGAGCUGAAAGGCGCAGCUUUGUCGUUGUCCUAGUGAUGUGCUUCUCCCAUCUGGCCUAGCGGGACCGUAGCUGCCCCCUCCCCCCCUCUGUCCUGUCGCCGUCCCCUCCACCGACACCGCCUCCUUCCUCGUCCCCUCACCUCCACUCCGCUCCUUCCCUCCAGCCGUCCCUGGGAUGCCUCCCCCGUGCUGUGGCUACCUGUCGCAGUACACCAAUCAUCAUCUGGUUGCCUUCCUCCUCACAUUCUUUAGCUAUGUGUUGCUGCAUGCGUCGCGGAAGACCUUCAGCAACGUGAAAGUGAGCAUCUCGGCCCAGUGGACGCCAUCCAUUCGGAAUGACAGCGAAGCCGCUUUCUCCCCUGGCGAGACGUGGGAGGACAAUCACCUGUUUUCAGAUGAAAAGCAGGCUACUCUGUUCCUAGGCGCUCUGGACUCCAUCUUUCUCUUUUCAUAUGCCGUGGGCCUGUAUUUGAGUGGUGUGAUUGGGGACAGAGUAAACCUGCGCUAUGUGCUCUGCUUCGGCCUGUGUGGCUCUGCCGCAGUGGAGUUUGUGUUUGGCACUCUGACCGAAUGGCUGCACAUCUACAACAUCUACCUGUACUGUGGCCUGUGGGUGCUGAACGGCCUGCUGCAGUCGGCCGUCUGGCCCUGUGUGGUGUCCGUCAUGGGCAACUGGUUCGGCAAGACGGGGCGAGGCUUUGUGUUUGGCCUGUGGAGUGCUUGUGCCUCUGUAGGCAACAUCCUGGGGGCCUUCUUAGCCUCGAGUGUGCUGAAAUAUGGUUAUGAGUACGCCUUCCUGGUGACCUCAGUGGUGCAGUUCGCCGGCGGGGUGGUGGUAUUCUUCGGCCUGCUCACGUCCCCAAAAGAAGUCGGUCUGAGUUGCGAGUCCGAGACUGGCCUCAGCCCGGUGGAGACAGACACCGACAGCCACAGGCCGCUGAUGAGCGACGAGGAGGACGAGCUGGAGGCGGAGGUGUGCGGCGGGCGACACCAGCCGGCUCAGCAGCCGGACGAACCCCUGGGCGAGUCCCCUCAAGCUAUCGGCUUUUGCCAGGCCUUCUGUCUGCCCGGAGUUCUUCCUUAUUCCUUGGCCUAUGCCUGUCUGAAGCUGGUCAACUACUCCUUCUUCUUCUGGCUGCCUUUCUACCUGAGCAACAACUACGGCUGGAAGGAGGCCGAGGCCGACCGCCUGUCUGUGUGGUACGAUGUUGGAGGAAUCAUCGGAGGAACAGUUCAGGGUCUGAUCUCUGACUUCAUGGGCAAGAGGUCUCCGGUAUUGGCAUUCAGUCUGGCCGUGGCGAUGGGAGCGCUGGUGAUGUACAGCCGUUCGCCUAACGACCAGGCGAUCAACGCUGUGCUGCUCGCCGUCACCGGCUUCUUUAUCGGUGGCCCGUCAAACAUCAUCAGCUCAGCCAUAUCCGCCGACCUGGGGAGGCAGGAGGCCCUGAGGGGCAGCCGGGAGGCUCUGGCGACCGUCACCGGUAUAGUGGACGGAACGGGAAGUAUCGGAGCUGCGGGGGGACAGUACCUGGUGUCCCUGAUUGAGAGCAAGCUGGGCUGGACGAGUGUGUUCUACUUCUUCGUCGUCAUGACAGGGGGCAGCAUCGUGUUCAUCACUCCCUUGCUCAUCAGAGAACUGAGCGCCAUGUGGAGAGACAGGCAAGCGCUGCGACGGCAGCUGUGAAAGCUGUGGCAUUGGCCAUCCAUAAACGUCUCUCCCUCCGAUCAGCGACGACGCAGCAGGCCUGCUCAGAAACGGCUACACUUUUAUAGGUGAGUUGUGGGAUGUGCAAAAGCCGGGAUGGUUAAGGGGACAUGAAGGUUUCACAGCCACAACCACUAGCGUACGUGAGCAGGCCUGGGGUCUAUUAUUUUCCAGUCACUAAAACACUAAAAUACAAAUGUUCACCUCCUGUAAUGGAAAUACAAGGAUUACGAGGUGGAGCUGAAGUGCCUGACUAAGCAAAGUCUUGAAAAGGGAACUGGCUCUCAGUAUGUGAAUACAGCCUUCGCUUGGCCGUCACAGAAUGUACUUGUGUAUAUAUUUAAGGGUUUAAAUUAAUUUAAAUAUUUUACAUGUACAUGUGCUCAAGUCAAGUUGAAUGAAUUUGAAUUUUUAAACCAGGAGUUCUCAAUUUAAAGCAAGAAAAGGCCCUUUUAGACCAUUUCAGGGUCAGAAUUGUCUGAAGAAUGUGAAUAAUGUUUUGUAACGUAGACAUGUACUGUCAGCUCUUGUAGAUAUGUAUGAUAUUAUGUUUUUAGUUGAAAUGGUUAAUAUGGCACUCUAGGAUUCUUCCAGAGAUGAGACAAAGUCUUUAAAAAAAGAAGAAGAUUUUUAGAAUACCACUUAGAUUUUAGCCGGGGUUUUAGAAACCACUCGUGUACAGUUUUGUGUAAUCGGGGUUAAAGAAUUAUAAAAUGUAAAAGCCUUUUUCAUCACAGGGACUGGUUCUCUCAAUUCUCACUCGUUUCAGGCACUGGUUUGAUAUAUCAUUCUUUUUUUUCUUUAACUUCUUGUUCACUGUAAUGUCUACACAACUUCUCCAACUUUAGUGUCUUGAGUCACAAAACACACACACAGUCAUUAAGUUCUAACUACUUAUAGUCUUAUGAAGUCACAUUCACUGAUACACAGGGUCAAAAAAUUAUCUUGUUAAUAAUAGACAUUUCUGUUUCUGUUUCUGUUUUUUACCAGCCCCCAUCGAAAAGAUGAUUGUUUUGAUUAAAAAUAUGUAUAAGAGACUAAAAUUGAUAUUUUUCCUUCCGCUGUGGUCGGUAGACACUACAGGUGCAGCUACAUGAAUCAUCAUGUAGUGAUUUUAACAAUCGGGAGCUAAACUUACUCAACGUUGCAAAUGCAACGGAGCUUAAAAUGAGACUUGAACCUCCUGUUAUCGUAGAACCUGAUAAGCAAAUGUAAUAGAAUGUAACUUGAAAAUGUAUCUGUGGUGUAUUUUUUUCUUUUCUUCUUUCUUUUUAAAAAAAUCUGUGUACAUUUCUAAUUUUAACUUAUGUAAAUGCUACCGUUGUAAAUAAAUGCAAAUUACAUUUUGCAAAUCAUGAAUA